AUGCCUGCCAAAUGCCCUUAUUGCUAUCAAUGGUAUGCCGAAGAGGCGCUGCUUGAAGGACGUACCAUGAUCCCAUACCAAGAUUACCUCAACAGAGCGCUAGAGAAUAUGUAUGUGCCUGAACAUCUCUCUUGGCUAAUCCCAAUCAUGCCACGGUUUGACCUUCAUUUUCGCGAGAUCGAUUGGAAUCCUCCAGAACGUAAGAUCCCUUUGGAAAGUGGCGAGGUAAGCCCUAAGACCAAAUCUUCUUCCAUUGAUAUCCCAGCCGGCGUCAUCAAUGCAGAGUUCGAUCCUCGCGAUUGGAUUCUUGCGGACAAAGAUCGUACUCUUGUAAUGAAUGCCGGUCAAGAUCUCCAUGACGUCCCUUAUCCUAUCGAACCACGCCCACGGAACCCGGUUGGUCAAGCUUCUGAUUUCCCAAAGACACCAGCCAACGUUCCUGACCCAGCGGAUUGCAAAGUCAACAUGGUGCCCCCAGGUAUGCGUGGUCCUCAAUGGAAGCCUUGGACUCCUCUGUCACCACCAGUUGGACCACCAAAGGAACACACCUUGAUUCCAAGAGGCUUGAGGCCCAAGUUUGCCGCAAGCUUUGAAGACUGGCCCGAGCCACUGAAGCCACGCCGAAAGGGCUGGUCGGAGUGA